AUGGAGAAGACAUACUCACUAACUGCCCACUAUGAUGAGUUCCAGGAAGUGAAAUACGGUGGUCGCUACAGCAGUGAUAUCUUAAGCAACGGUAUGACCCUUCACCUGGAUCAAAACAACACCGGCGGUAGCGGCGGGCUUCCCCGAUGGAGUCGGAGGGAGAUUUGCCUCCUCUCUGCUCUGGUUUUUGCAGCCGGCAUGUGCGUCAUCUUGGGCAGCAUGCUGGCACUCAAAUACAUUUCCCUGGAGGCCCAGCAAGACCCGCAGUGCAGACAGGACUGCCAACGCAAACGCUCCCUGCUGCGGGCGGCACGCUUCGUUCAGUCCAAUAUUGACCCAACCAUCCAGCCUUGCCAAGACUUCUACUCGUUUGCUUGUGGCGGCUGGCUGAGGCGCCAUGGCAUCCCUGAGGACAAGCUGAGCUAUGGCAUCAUCACAGCAAUUGGGGAGCACAAUGAGGAGAAACUACAGCGCCUCUUGCUAGAGCCAAUACGGAGGCACGGGCCCAACUCAGCAGAACGCAAGGUCAAGGAGUUCUACCGAUCGUGCAUCAACAUCCAGGAGAUCGACAAGCUGGGCUCUGACCCUAUGACGGAGGUGAUAGACAGCUGUGGGGGGUGGGACCUGGUGUGGGCUCCCCCAAGUGCUGCUGGGUGGGAGAGAGAGGGCGCUCCACUGAGGCCGGACUUCAACGAGCUGCUGUACAGGACCCAGGGGGUGUACAGCACCGCCGUGUUCUUCUCCCUCACUGUCAACGUGGACGACAAAAACUCCUCCAGGAACGCCAUCAGGAUUGAUCAGGAGGGGCUCACACUGCCUGAAAGAAGCCUCUACCUGGGCCAGGAUGAGGACAGUGUGAAGAUCUUGGCAGCGUACAAGGCCCUGAUGGAACGCUUGCUGAGCAUGCUGGGAGCUCACAACGCCACGCAGAAGUCCAAGGAGAUUAUACAGCUGGAGACCCGUCUGGCCAACAUCACUGUAUCAGAAUAUGAUGACCAAAGAAAGGACAUCAGCACCAUGUAUAACCGCAUCACCCUCAGGCAGCUACAGCGAAUCGCUCCCGAUCUUCACUGGAAACGCCUGCUGGACAGAAUCUUCCAUGACAGCUUCUCAGAAGACGAAGAGAUCGUGGUGCUCGCCACCGACUACAUACAGAAAGUCUCUGACAUUAUCAAGACCACUUCAAAGAGGGUUCUACAUAACUACAUGCUGUGGCGCAUUGUGGCAGCGCUGAGUGAACAUCUGUCCACCGCCUUCCGCAGCACCAUCCACGAGUUUUCCCGGGAGAUUGACGGCACAGAGCAGCAGCUGGAGCUGGGCAGACUGUGCCUCACACAGGCCAACAAACACUUUGGCAUGGCCCUCGGAGCCCUGUUCGUCCAGCAGCACUUCUCCUCACAGAGCAAAGCUAAGGUACAGGAGCUGGUGGAAGACAUAAAGCAUGCCCUGGACCUCCGGCUGCACGAGUUGGACUGGAUGGAUGAGGCCACCAAGGAGGCUGCCAGAGCAAAGCUGAAGCACAUGAUGGUGAUGACAGGAUACCCCGACUUUCUGCUCAAACCUGAGCUCAUAGAUCAAGAAUAUGGGUUUGAAGUGGACGAGAAGACCUACUUUAAGAACAUCCUCAACAGCAUCAAGUUUAACAUCAAGCUGUCAGUGAAGAAGAUCCACGAAGAAGUGGACAAGACAGCGUGGCUUCUCCCACCCCAGGCCCUUAAUGCCUACUACCUCCCAAACAAGAACCAAAUGGUCUUUCCAGCCGGCAUCCUUCAGCCCACUUUGUACAACUCUGAGUUCCCACAGUCUCUGAACUACGGAGGAAUAGGAGCCAUUAUUGGCCAUGAAUUAACACACGGAUAUGAUGACUGGGGGGGCCAGUACGACCGUCACGGCAACCUCAAACAGUGGUGGACCGAGGAUUCCUACAGAAAGUUCCAGAAGAAGGCCGAAUGUAUCGUCAAGCUCUACGAUAAUUUCACAGUUUACAACCAGAGGGUGAAUGGUCGUCUGACACUGGGGGAGAACAUAGCAGAUAUGGGAGGACUCAAGCUGUCAUACUUCGCGUAUCAGAAGUGGGUGAGGGAACAUGGUCCGGAGAGGCCUCUGCCCGGUGUCAAAUACACUCAUGAACAGCUGCUCUUCAUUGCCUUUGCACAGAACUGGUGUAUGAAGAGAAGAUCUCAGUCCAUCUACCUACAGCUGCUAACUGACAAACAUGCACCAGAGCAUUACAGAGUCAUCGGUAGCGUUUCCCAGUUUGAUGAGUUCGCCCGUGUUUUCCACUGUCCGAAGAGUUCACCAAUGAACCCUGUGGAAAAAUGUUCCGUAUGGUGACCUCUCCGCCUGGCCUGUUGACCUUCAGAUGACCUUCAGAACACCCCUCACCCUUACUCACACACACACACACACGA